AUACUUUCUUCUGUGUUCACACAAUCUUCCUUUUCCAUUGAAUAUUUUUCCUCUUUCAUACUUCAAAUUUCCAAUACUUUCACACCUAAAAAAUAUCUUUCAUUUCUUUCAUUUUAUUAAUGGAAAUAUCUUCUUUCUCAUUUCCUUCACAAGAAGACUUUAAUUUCCCUCCUAAUCCCAAUUUCUUCACUUUCCUUCAUCAAGAACUUGAACACAUGCCCAAAAAAAUAAAAACCGACGAUUUUGAUCACACCCCAGUUGACGAAAUCCUAAAUAAAUAUCUUGGUGUCGAAAAUUCAGUUGAAAAUCACACCCUUUUUGAUUUUGAAAAUCAAGAAAGUAGCUCAAAAAUGAAUGAUCAAGCAUCUGUGUCUAGCACAAAAAAACGUGCUAGAGAAAAUGUUGUUGAGGUGCCAUUACAACAAAGGAGAUUAUGGGUUAAAAACAGGUCAAAUGCAUGGUGGGAACAAUGCAACAGUCCUGAUUUCCCUGAAGACGAAUUCAAGAAAGCAUUUCGUAUGAGCAAAUCCACAUUUAACGUAAUCUGUAGAGAACUCGAAUCAGUAAUAACUAAAAAAGAUACAAUGCUACGUUUGGCUAUACCUGUUAACCAACGUGUAGCUGUAUGCAUUUGGAGAUUAGCUACAGGUGCACCACUUCGUGAAGUUUCUAAGCGAUUUGGGCUUGGUAUAUCUACUUGUCAUAAGAUCGUGCUUGAGGUUUGCACAGCUAUAAAAAGAGUACUAAUGGGGAAGUUUGUACAAUGGCCUGAUGAGUUAAAGAUGGAGGAAAUUAAACGAGAGUUCGAAGUUGUUUCUGAAAUUCAAACUAUUUGUGGAUCAAUGUACACUACACAUGUACCAAUUAUCGCGCCAAAGGAAAAUAUUACAGCUUAUUUCAACAAAAGGCAUACUGAUAGGAAUCAAAAGACAUCGUAUUCGGUUACAGUACAAGGUGUUGUUGAUCAUAAAGGGAUUUUUACUGAUGUUUGUAUUGGAUGGCCUGGAUCAAUGACAAAUGAUCAAGUCUUGGAAAAAUCAGCACUUUUUGAAAGAGCGAAUCGAGGAAAUUUGAAGGAUAUUUGGGUUGUUGGGAAUUCAGGAUUUCCAUUAACAGAUUGGAUUUUGGUUCCAUUUACUCACCAGAAUCUAACUUGGACUCAACAUGCUUUUAAUGAGAAAGUUAGUGAUGUUCAAAAAGUUGCUAAAGAAGCAUUUAUGAGAUUGAAAGCUAGAUGGAGUUGUUUACAAAAAAGAACAGAAGUGAAACUUCAAGAUUUGCCUGUUGUUCUUGGAGCUUGUUGUGUAUUGCAUAAUAUUUGUGAGAUGAGAGGUGAAGAAUUAAGUGAAGAAUUAAGGUUUGAUUUGUUUGAUGAUGAAAUAGUACCAGAAAAUAUUGUGAGAUCAGUGAAUGCUAUGCAGGUUAGAGAUCAGAUUGCUCACAAGCUCUUGCAUCAUUAUCAUGCAGGCACCAGCUUCCUAUAGAAAAUUCAAGAUUUUGUUUACAUUUUAAGAGAUUGAAUCAAUUCUGAUUUUGGGGGGUUAAUUUUUUUCAUGGCUUAUUGUAUUAAGUCAUGUUAUAGAAUAAUUUAUUAAUCUUCAUAGAAGAUUUGGUUUUGCUUUUCAACUAUUGGAUUGUUUUGGACAUGUAUGGGACUCAUUUCUUUAUCAGAGAAAUUUUGCAAUAGCAAUUGGAAAUUUUCUUC